AGUUUCGGUAGUCAGCGUGUGCGUUCGCAUAAUCACAGUGCCGUAAUGUUUACGCCCUGUUUUAUAUUUCUGCUGAUUAUGGCUCCGGGCCUGUCGCAGGAGGCAGAAACCGCAAAGGCAACGGAAGCGACAACGGCAUCGCCAUAUCCACACAUACUGUCGAGACAAUCGCUGCGUCUGCCCAAUGAUACGUAUCCAUUAAGCUAUCAGCUGCACAUUAGCAGCAAUAUACAUCUCGGAGACUUGAGCUUCAGCGGAAAUGCCACCAUAGACAUUGAGAUUAGGCGAUCGACGAAUGAAAUCGUGCUCCAUGCGAAGAACUUGAGCGAUAUUCAGAUAACGCUGCGACUGUUAGACAGCGUCAACCACGAAUCUGCUGGUGAGCUUCUGGAUUAUGUUACGCACUCAUACGUUCCACAUGCCACAUUUCUCAUCAUACAUCCGAUAAUGAACUACCAGGCCUUUGAGGCCGGACAGCGUUACCGUCUUCAAAUAUCCUAUACGGGCCUGAUGGGCACGCAACCCAAGGGCUUGUAUUGGAUGCCCUAUGAGGAGGAGAUCACCAAUCGUACUACCUAUGUGGCAGCCACACAAUCGGAGCCGACCUAUGCACGUCUCAUCUUUCCCUGUUAUGAUGAGCCCGGCUUCAAGUCGAACUACAGCAUCAAACUGACGCACAGCAGCAGCCUCGUGGCAGUAUCCAAUAUGCCUGUAUUGGAGCUACAAAAUCAGGGCGAGCUGACAACAACCACUUUCCAGACAACGCCGAUCAUGUCAACAUACUUGGUGGCAUUUGUUAUCUCCAAUUUUGAGCACAUCUCUGAGACAUAUCGUGGCGUUACACAGAGCAUCUAUUCAUCAUCGACGUGCAAGGACAAGGGGCGAAGUGCACUUAAAAAUGCAGUUCAAACUGUUGCCGCUCUGGAGGAUUACUUUGGUGUUAGCUAUUCGCUGCCGAAGCUGGAUCAUGUGGCACUGAAGAAGAACCAGGGCGCUGCCAUGGAGAAUUGGGGCUUAAUCACAUUCAAGGAGGACAGUCUGCUAGCACACGGCGUCACAGACAGGCACAAACGCAUCAAGAAUAUGUUAAUGCAAAAUCACGAGAUUUCGCAUCAAUGGUUCGGUAAUCUGGUAUCACCGGAAUGGUGGACUUAUGUCUGGAUUAAUGAAGGUUUCGCUACAUACUUUUCCUAUCUGAUAACCGAUAUGCUGCAUCCCGAGGAUCAUGUUAUGGAUAUAUUCAUGAAGGAUGAAGCGGAGCAUGCAUUCAGCUACAGUAACUUCUUCGAUGUACGUCCAAUGACAUACUACGUAGAGACUGAAGCGGAUAUCAUGAAUGUCUUCGAUAUUAUCAGCUACAAGCGUUCCGCCUGCGUCAUCAAGAUGUUCCAUCAUGCCUUCCAUCAAAAGACCUUUGUGCGUGGCAUUAGUCACUAUCUAAAGAAAUUCCAAUACAGCGUUGUCAACGAACUGGAUCUGUUUGAUGCAAUCCAGGCGGCUAUCUUGGAGGAUGCACUCUUCCCUCAACAAACCUGGUCACAUAAGAUACGCGACAUCAUGUUAUCAUGGACGCAUAGCGAAUGGCUGCCCAUCGUUUCGGUUAUACGCAAUUAUGAGAACGAUACGAUUACAUUUAGGCAACGGUCGAUACACUCCAAGAGUGAGCACUGGUGGAUUCCACUCAACUUUGCCAGUGCCCAAUCGCCCAGCUUUGACAAUACGCAUGUCGAGUAUUUUAUGCCACCGCUUAUGGAGCACACGCUCAGUUUGGAGGAGCUCAAUCUGAAGCUGGCUGGUUCCGACUGGUUGAUUGUGAACAAGCAGCAGACAGGCUUUUAUCAUGUGCUUUACGACACGGACAAUCUGCAGGCUAUUGCCCGGCAGCUGCAACAAAAUCACACAGUUAUACAUGCCAUAAAUAGAGCAGCUCUGUUUCAGGAUCUGGCUCCACAGGUCGAACGCAAUGAAAUCGAGUCGGUUGAUGUACUAUUCGAUCUAUUCAAGUAUUUGGAGUUUGAGGAUGAUCUGGCACCCUGGAGUCAGGUGGCCGAUACUAUGGAGUUUCUGGAUUGCAAACUCUUUGGUACUACAACAUAUUCGUUGUUUAAGCAAUUCGUUAGACGACUUGUGACGCCCAUAUAUCUGCGACUUUUCCAGAAUCAGGAUGCUAACGAAGCCGCUAUGGAUGUACUUGUCCGAUCGGAUAUACUGUUGUUGGCCUGUCGGAUGGACCUAGCCGAGUGCUUGGAUUACACGCAUCGCGUGGCUGCUGAUUAUUUUUUCAAGAAGGUCAACUUUGAGAGCGAUUAUCCUGAUUAUUAUACCAUACAUGAUUCAGUCCUUUGCAUGGGUGUCAGUCAUAUGAACCAUGAGGAAUUCACUCAACUAAUCGACCUGCUGCAUGCUACGGAUCGGAACACAGCAUUUUUCGAUGAUAUCAUAUAUUCGUUGCGGUGCACGAAAAAUCAUCGACAUUUGCUACAUUAUUUUAAUCUGCUGGUGGGCGAAAACUCGACUUAUCAGUUGAUGGAUGAAAGGGAAUCCAUGUUGUAUCUAUCCUAUGUGUACAAGUCGAAUAUGGCAGCACGUUCAGCUAUCUGGCACUUUAUUGAUCAUAACUACAAGUUACUUUGCCGUGCACCUAACUUUGUGCAGCUCUUUAACGAUAUGGCCGAAUUUUUACCAGCGCGUCAAAAAGCAUUCUUUGCUACACUACGCCAAAAUAUAGAUAUGUAUCGACAGCUGGAACAUCUAAAUCCCAAUCACACUUUGAUCGACAUAAACUCGCGACGGGUGGGCAAAAAGAUGCGCAACAGCGAAGAAUUUCUCGAUAAGUUCGAGCACCAGAUACACAACUGGCUGCUUAAAGAAUUGCCUCCAUCGGAGAGUGAACAGCUCUAUGCGGCAUCCUUAGCCGUGGGAAAUGGCUCCAAUCGACCCACAAGUCUCUUGCGUGUGGCCAGGCGAAUGGUCCAAAGUGCGAUAGGUGUGAAACUGCGGUUUUAGCCCUUGUUUGUAUUAAGCAUAACGUGUAAGUCGAAAGUUAACUAAAUAAAUGUAACUAAGUAAAACAA